AUGUUCAAUUCGGCUAAACGAGUAUCAACUGCUUCGGUAAUCUUAGGAAUUAAUUCCUCAACUUUAGGUGAACCAGAUUUCCAAACCAAAAAAGACAAUAAUGCUUUAUUCUAUGGAACCGGAGGAACUGGUAAGACUUCUUUAGCAAGAAGAGUAGCUUAUAAUUCUGAUCUUUAUCCCUUAAUUGAAAUUAAAGGACCGGCUCUUACUCCUCGUAAAGAGGAUUACAACAAUGGAAUAGAUCCGCUCAACAAAUUCAUCUUUACUCUUUGUGACAUUGAAAACGCUCUUGAAGAUAAUUACGGCUUUGUCAGAGAAGAAAACGGCGAAAUAAGGUAUAUUCUUUUUGUGGAUGAAGCUGAUAAU